AUGGCGGGGCGUGGAGGCAGCAGGCGUCCCUUGCUGCUGCUGCAGCGCCUGCAGCGGCUGCAGCGGCUGCAGCAGCUGCUGCACCUCGCCGUGCUGCUGUGUCUGUGCCUGGACUUCGCGUCCGCCUUCCUAAUCGGAGGCUCCGCGCCUGGCCGGUGUGCGCACCAGCUGCUGCAGCCGCAGCAGCAGCUGCUGCCGCCCCCGCCCUCCCCCCGGUCUCCCCUCCCGCCCCCGCGCCGCAGCAGCAGCAGCAGCAGCAGCAGCAGCCGCGCAAGGGGCCCCCCAGAAAGCAGGGGCCCCUGGGCAGACGUGCCCGUGAGCCGCUUCCGCAACAUCGGAAUUGUGGCGCACAUUGACGCGGGCAAAACGACAACAACAGAAAGAAUUUUAUUUCUGACGGGAGUUUCGCACAACGGGCUGGGGGAGCUGCAGCUGGAGAUCGUGCUGGACCGGCUGCAGCGGGAGCACAAGAUCGCUGCUGCAGCAGGGGCCCCGCAGGUGAGCUACCGCGAAACCGUUGCUGCAGCAGCAGCAGCAAAAGGCCGCUACGUGAAGCAGUCGGGGGGCCGGGGCCACUUCGCCGAAGUCUGGCUGCGGGUGGCCCCGGGGGCCCCCGGCAGCGGCUGCUGCUUCGUGGACGAGAGCCGCGGGGGCUGCGUGGGCCCGUUUGCUGCUGCAGUGCGGGCGGGGGUGCAGCAGCAGCAGCAGCAGGGGCUGCUGCUGGGGGCCCCCCUCGCGGACCUGCAGGUGACCCUCUUCGACGGGGCCCACCACCCCGUCGACAGCAGCGAGCUCGCCUUCCAGCUCGCGGGGGCCCUCGCCCUCAAGGGGGCCCUCAGCAGGGCCCAGCCGCUGCUGCUGGAGCCCCUCGUGCUGCUGCAGAUCUGCUGCCCCCCGCAGUUCCUGGGGGCCGUCGUGGCCGACCUGGCGGCCCGCCGCGGCGCCGUGCUGCAGCUGCGCGACGCCCCGGGUGUACGUACACCCGACGCCCGCGCGCCCCACGCGCAGCCGCAGCCCUGGGGUGUACGUACACCUGCCAAGGUCCUGCACGCGCACGUGCCGCUCGCCGAGCUCUUCAACUACACAACUGUUCUUCGUUCGCUUUCCCACGGAAGAGCCUCCGCCUCCUCUUCCUUCCUCAACGGGAAGCAACCGGCGGCUGGUGCUGCGGCUGAUGCUGCUGCUGCUGCUGCUGCAGCUGAUGCUGCAGCUGAUGCUGCAGCUGAUGCUGCAGCUGAUGCUGCAGCUGAUGCUGCAGCUGAUGCUGCAGCUGAUGCUGCAGCUGAUGCUGCAGCUGCUGCUGCGAGAGCCGGACUGCAGGGCAGAAGCAGCUGCUGGGACCGGCAGCACCGCAGCGCCCCGCUGUCGCGGCUGCUGCUGCUGUUGCUGCUGCUGCUGCAGCAGUUGCUGCUGCUGCGGAGAGCUGCACACGCGCUCUGUAUUGACUAA